AUGAUAACCUUAGAAAGGCGAAAAGGGUAAAAAGGGUGAGAAGGUUAAGAGGGGUGAGAGGAUGUGAACCUGGUUGAUCAGGCGGAAAGCACAAGAGCUCAGUCACUUUAGGUAGGCACGAGGAUAGAUGGAUACCUCCAUACCUGCAGCAAUAGUUGAUUCCUGAGGAAGCACCUACCUACCUACCUACCUACCUACUUACCUACCUCCCUAGGGCACUUGAUUGAUAGGAGAUCUAGUCAACCUUCCGCCUCCCACUGCCCCCGACCUUCCUCCGGUCGUAACGACACAGGCACAGAUGGCAUCCAGUUCCAUCGCCAAGCCACGCAAUGGCUUUGCCAGAGAAGAUCAUGAUGGUUCGGUUCUAGAUCACCAUCAUGUAAUUCCAGGACCAGGUCUUAUCUUCUCCCGCCCGAUGACGGAAAUGGGCCAAUUUGACAGCGCUACAGAGGGAGGGCGAUCUGUACUUAUUGACGGCUCACGUUUGCAGACCAAGCCCACCGGCAAGAGCCACUACUCUAUGUCUUCGAAUGCCCCGCCAAGCUUGCCCGCGAAGUCUGUUGACCGCCAAGGACCUGGUGGCACUGAAGGGCUUGUUAACACCAAGGGAAGGACUGACGCUACCAGCGUUCCUGCCGAAGACCAGAAAGGCAACAAAGACACGGGAUAUGCCAAAUAUCAGCCUGACUACACCACUAAGCAUCGCGAGACUAAGCACCAUGAUAGUGAAAAAGUGUUAGAAAAGUUGUCUCGAGCAUGCCAAGAGCGUGGUUUCAAUCCAAAGUUUCAGAUCUGGACCACCUAUGAAGGAACUUUCAAGUGCACUGUCAACCUCCAUGGCAGAAUUAUUCGUGAUCGUCUUGAAUACUCGACUGCAGAGGCUGCCAAGCAGGCAGUAGCUAGUAUAGCCCUUCCAAUAGUACGCAACAUGCGUCGUACUAACAAGCCUGCCGAGUUUGGUGCAAAGACUGGUCCAGGUCGCACUCGCAGCCGUCGUCCACAUGCUGAUGUACCUAGUCCUGCCUCAAUUAAGAGGGCCAAUUCUUAUCGUCACAAGUCUUUGGACCGUUAUGGCCAGCGCGCCUCAUCACCAUCAUAUGGCUAUCGCGAUAGCCGCCGUGAUGACCAUCGCGAGUAUUAUUCUGGUCAUCCUGCCCAUACCUCUCCGGAAUUCCCUAGCCAACCGCCUAUGGCUACUCCACUCCUGAUCGAGUCGGGAGAUCGUGGACGUGCCCCCCAGGCUCCAGAAAAGGCCUAUUGGACGCCCCGCUCUGUGCCGGAACCUCAGACCUACAAUCCGCCCACCCGCCGUCAUUAUGUCGAGGCGGAGCGUCCCCAGCAAGACGACAAACGUUCUCAAUACGACGAUGAACGUUCUCGCUACAAUGACCAGCGUUCUCUUAUGAGACAUGCCAAGUCUUUGUAUGGUAACUUGAACGGCCCUAGCGAGGCGAUAAUGGCAGACCCCUUGGCAUCUCAGGCCUACUUGCAGGGCUUGGCCUUCGGCAGCCAGCUACAUAACCUCUCAUCUCAUCGCUCUGCCCAUGACCGCAGCCGAGAGCGAUCCCCUGUACCAUUCCGUGGCUUCAAGCGAGAUCGCUCUCCACUUCGCCGCCGCAACUCUGAAGCAAAAUGAGUGGCUUCCUAGGUACCAAGCUGUUAACUAGCCCAACUGCUAUAAUACAAGAGGUCUUUAAGGAUUUCUUUGGGCGAUGAGUGAAGGAUGGAGGAUAGGAUAGUGCUUGGGAAGAAGAGGGGUUUGGAUGAGCAUCAUAAUAGCAUCCAAGAGUUG